CCAAUCGCGCGCGAGUACAGUUUGAUGUUGUCCAUGUAAACAAACAGACCCAGCGCGGCCAUUACGCUCAGAGGACGGAGGAGAGUUUGACGAGGAGUUUCUCAUUUCUAGGUUGUACACGCCGAGGCUGCACUGCGUAGAUUCCACCUCGGUGCGAUCUUCGGCGAAAGGUCGUAAGUGAAAAGUGAAAUGAAAGAUCCGAGUCGCAGCAACAUUGGCAGCGGCGCCUCAAACAUGACCAUAAGCAAUGACGUCAUCCUGACCAACCAGUUCAACCUGGAGGACAGUAAUCCUUUUGCGGAGUACAUGUGGAUGGAGAACGAGGAGGAGUUCAACAGACAGGUAGAGGAGGAGCUCUGGGAAGAAGAGUUCAUCGAACGUUGUUUCCAGGAGAUGCUGGAGGAGGAGGAGCAGUGGGAGUGGUUUGUGCCCUCCAGAGACCUCCCUGCCCAGGCCAUCAGCCAGCUCCAAGACCAGCUUAACUUGCUGGUGCUGGGUGGAGAUGUGGUUCUGUACGAGGAUGUUGUGGUAAAUAGCAAUCUCAACCCCAAUGCCAAGGAGUUCACCCCGGGAAUACAGAAGCACGUCAUGUGACCCUGGCGGCCAGCGGCAGUAGUCCACACUGUGAAGUGUUUGGAGAAAGACGUGUGUCGUUUUGACUUGUCACUCUGUUGCACUUGACUUAGGCCUGAUGUGUUGCCAAAGUUUUCUGCUAGCCUUGCAUGUGUAAGACUUUGAAUAACGUUACAUAUGUAUAUGUAAAGCAUAACUAUAUGCCUAUUUGUUGUAACUCUUUUGAAUGUAUCGUCAGGGCAAGAGGAUAAUUAGUUUUAAUCCGUUACUGGUUGUUGUGUUUGCAGUAGAUAAAGAGGUUCAGUUUUCCACAAAGAACAAAAUGUCUUUGUUACAAUCAACUUUGCCCAAGUUGUAGGACAUGAUGGCUUUUGCACUUUUUAUUCUUUAGAUCAUUUUACUUUUUGUGUAUGUGUUUCCUCAUGACUUUGUCGGGGUCCUCCAGGUUGCAACACUUCUUUGUAUUGAUGUACAGUCUCCUUUAUGCUCUGAUUUUUAGUGUGAGUUUUGACCUCAUAUGAUCGUGUUCUGAGUUGUCCCUUGUUCCUUCCGCCUCUUAACCUUUCAGUCUGGACUUAAAAAGCCUGCUUUGAUUUAUUUCGUCAUUUCCAUUUUCUUUUCUGUUUGUUCCUCUCUGCUACCUGCUGACCCUCUCUCAGAGCCUGUGGCAAGACCGCCACGUAACCAGUUUUUUUUCUGAAUACACAUAAGUACUGUAAAAAAAAAAAAGUUGAAAAACAAAAAAUUGUUAAAAAAAAUCUAUUUUUUCCUAAUCUAUUUGAAAAUAAAUGUUUAUGGACAA